CAAUAGAACUGGUCUUCUCAAGACACACUAAAUCAUGAAAGAUGACAAAGACGUUAAGGGGAGGAGAGCAGGGAGGCAACAAGAACACCACGAAAAUCACACUGCUAGCUCACUCUAUGCAGCUCUUUGUGAAGGAAGCUUUUGGUUUCAUGCCCAAGCUGCCUGAUGGACGUAUGACAGAUCGGUAGAAAUGUAAUCGGAAUAACAUCUAAGAUCACAUUCUGUUGGGUUUUAACUCAAUAAGAAGGUAGAAUUGAUCUGCACCAUCCUUUACAGGAGAUCAUUGAGCUAAUGUCGUGAGGACCAAGUCAUUAAUUUUCAAUGUUAAUGAAGAAUACAACAGACUCCGAUCCGAUCCUAUUUCAUGUGUGAUAACCAAGGGUGAACAGAAGAAUGGACGUAAAGGACGAAGCCAACAUGUCUAUGGAGUCUCCAGGCUCAGCAGAGGAGGUCUUGGUUACAUCCACUUUGAGUGCAGUACUUGUUGUUAUGUUUCUCCUAGGGAUGGCUGGAAACCUAUAUGUAUUGGCAAUUACUGUGUUAUCGCAUAGACCGGUAGGUUCCAUGUGUGUCCAUGUGGUGAACCUCGCUUUGGCGGAUGUUUUAUACCUAUCAACUAUUCCUUUUGUAGUAAGCACAUACCUGGCCAGAGACUGGUACUUUGGGGAUAGUGGUUGUAGACUUCUUCUAAGUAUGGACUUGUUUACCAUGCAUGCCAGCAUCUACACGCUCACUGCAAUGAGUUCAGAGAGGUACCAGGUGAUAGUGAGACCUUUAAGGGCUCGUAUUUCACGGUGCUAUCGAAAGUUGACAAGUUUGGCAAUCUGGCUUAUAUCUUUUCUCUUGACUUUGCCCAUGAUGUGUAUGAUGAGAUUACAGGAUAGCCAGUAUGGGUCUGGCAAGAAGAUCUGCUUUCCUACAUGGACACCUGAGUCAUUUCGACAUUACCUGACAGUCCUUUUCUUUACAAGCAUUCUGGGUCCUGGUCUGAUCAUAUUAUAUCUCUAUAGCUGCCUGGCAAGGGCAUACUGGAUUUCUGGACAAGAUCUUCGACGGUCAAGCCGGAAACUAAAUCAGUGUGUUAUGUUGCGUAUAUUUACAAUAAUUAUUGUAUAUUGGGCCUGUUUUGUUCCUUUUUGGGCCUGGCAGCUGGCAAAGUCUUAUCAAUAUGAUAUAUUAGAACUGGCACCAUCUUCCCAGAUUUACCUGAAUUUCGGUGUUACCUGCUUAACCUAUGCCAAUAGUUGUGUGAAUCCACUUCUAUAUACGUUAUUGACUCGUAACUACAGAGAGUAUGUAACCAAACGGAUGCGUGAGGCCAAUACUGAGGUGCAGAAGAGGACCCUGGGGAGAUGAAUCAGACAGCUGCCAUUCAGAUGAACAAUUUUUACUUUGAUAAUAAUAUGGAACAUAUAACUAAUCUGGUCUAUGUUGUGGGUAGCUGUGUAAAUUGUGAUUCCAAAUGCAGACAAUGGGACCGUUGUACUGGCCAUUGAACUGCUGCACGUUCAUUGAUGUUGUAACAUUAAAAGUCUGAGAAAGUUUAGGUAGAAUUUCACAGACCUUUCUGAAAUUCUUGCAGGUAACUUGCUAUUGGUCAAAAAAAAAAAAAAAAAAGCGUAAGACUGUGCACAUCACAGUGGCUUGUAAUGUGUUGGCGGAGAUUCAUGUGAAUGUACAGUAUAUGUAGUUAACCCCUUGGUCUGCAGCUCUCCAAAGAGAGGGAUAACAAAUAUACUGGAGAAAGUAGAUAUGAGAAAUGUCUUUACAGAUUUGGUUGCAUAUAUAGUUUUCUCCCUCAACACUGAUCAUGGAAAAUCCUAUGAUAUGCAGCAACAAGGCCAACCUGAUCAGACAGCCAAUGUGCUUUGUGUACUGCAAUCAUAGCUCAUAUUGGUGGUUAAUUUUACUUCUCUUCUUCUUGAAGCCUUCCGAAGGUAC